UUUAUGAUGGCUCCUCCUUCUGCUCCACGUCGCACACUUAUUCAAGUGAGUGAACGUGAGGCGCAGUUCGUCAUCAGUUUGUUUGAGAACCACGCAUUACCCGCUCUCGUACGUCAAGGCUGGCGCGUACAGACAAAUGCUGGACGGGGCGAGACGCGCUUCGUCUCUCCUAGUGGAGAGAUAUUCCCUACUCCUCUGGAUGUUGUGGGACAUAUUGCUACGGACAACGAGCUUCUGACUGCGUGCUUCCCUGCAAACGUUCACUCCGCUAUCUUGUCACUACUACCUCGUGACGCUACUUCUGCAGGGUUCAAUGAUACCGGUAGUAACCAUAGCAGUACCGGAAGUGCAUCCAGGAAACGAACAACCUCGGACUCUCCCAGUGCUGAACAAUUCGAUGGCAAACGUACACGACAGGCACGACAGGCACGUGAGGGAGGAAUUGCAGUCCCAAUGCGUGGGCGAAUGAGAGGUGGCCCCGAUACUGCUCUGUACCGACCUGAAGA